GUCCUUGAGCUGCUGGCUGCUGUUUGUCUUGUCCGAGGAGGUCAUGAGAUCAUCCUUUCAGCAUUUGACAACUUCAAAGAGGUUUGCAAAGAGAAGCAUCGCUUCGAGAGACUGAUGGAUUACUUCCGCAGUGAAGAGGGAAACAUUGACUUCAUGGUUGCUUGCAUGCAGUUCAUCAACAUUGUGGUCCACUCAGUUGAAGACAUGAACUUCAGAGUGCAUCUGCAGUAUGAAUUCACCAAACUGGGACUAGAUGACUUCCUGGAGAAAUCUAAACACACGGAGAGCGACAAGCUGUCGGUUCAGAUCCAGGCUUACCUUGAUAACGUAUUUGAUGUGGGUGGCCUGCUAGAAGAUGCCGAAACCAAGAAUGCAGCGCUGGAGAAGGUGGAGGAACUGGAGGAGCACCUGUCCCACGUGACUGAGAAGCUUCUGGAGGUUGAGAAUGAAACAAUGAUGAAAGUAGCCGAUCUGGAGAAGCUGCUCAUUCAGAAAGACAAGGAGCUGAACGUAAUACGGGAGACAUACGAGUCAACCAGCACUCAGGUUAACACCCUGAGGAGGAUGAUCAAGGAGAAGGAUGCUGCAUUUCAGAGGCACUUCAACAUUGAGAAGCGUCUGCUGGAGCUCGAACAGCAGGGCACCAUCCGCUUGCACAAGAAACCUGAUGGAGACAUCGCCAUCGAGCCGCUGGGCGUCGGCAGUGCCGGGAUACCCUUGGGAAACAUCGGAAAGCUGUCUUUGGGUUCAACGGCAGGGCUGACAGAACUAGGAGGACCCGACACAAGUUUACCACCAGCCAGCGAAGCACCUCCGCCUCCACCGCCUCCUCCCCCUCCCCCUCCCCUGCCAUCUGCUUCAGGACACACUGCGCCAGUCCCACCACCACCUCCUCCCCUUGCUCCUCCUCUGCCAGAAGCUUCCCCCUCUGUCAUCUUGAGCGUAGGUCUGUCAGCUAUCAGGAUCAAGAAGCCUAUAAAGACCAAGUUCCGUUUGCCUGUGUUUAACUGGACGGCCUUGAAGCCCAAUCAGAUCAAUGGCACAGUCUUCAACGAGAUCGAUGAUGAACGUGUGCUAGAGGAGCUGGAGCUGGAGAGGUUUGAGGAGCUAUUUAAGACGAGAGCCCAGGGUCCAGUUGUGGAUCUUUCCUGCACAAAGAGCAAAGUAGCCAAUAAGGUGGCAAACAAAGUCACACUUCUGGACGCCAAUCGCUCCAAGAACUUAGCCAUCACACUGCGAAAGGCUAACAAGACAACAGAAGAGAUCUGCAAAGCCAUAGAGAAGUUUGACCUCAAGGCCUUACCUGUCGACUUUGUGGAGUGCCUGAUGCGUUUCCUGCCCACCGAGGCAGAAGUGAAGGUGAUGCGUCAGUACGAGCGCGAGCGGCGUCCGCUGGAUCAGUUAGCAGAGGAGGAUCGCUUCAUGUUGUUAUUCAGCAAGAUCGAGAGGCUGACGCAGAGAAUGAACAUUAUCACCUUUGUUGGAAACUUUGCCGACAACGUGAGCAUGCUCACGCCACAGCUCAACGCCAUCAUUGCUGCUUCUGGCUCAAUCAAGUCGGCACCAAAGCUCAAGAGGAUGCUUGAAAUCAUCUUAGCCCUAGGAAACUACAUGAACAGCAGCAAACGAGGCUGCGUUUAUGGUUUCAAAUUACAAAGCCUUGAUCUGCUUCUGGACACUAAGUCUACAGACAGAAAGAUGACAUUGCUCCACUACAUAGCUCUUAUUGUGAAAGAGAAGUACCCUGAACUGACCAACUUCUACAAUGAAUUGCACUUUGUGGACAAAGCUGCAGCAGUGUCUCUGGAAAACGUCCUGCUGGAUGUUCGAGAGCUGGGGAAAGGCAUGGACCUCAUCCGGAGAGAGUGCAGUCUCCACGACCACUCAGUCCUGAAAGGUUUUGUCCAGGCUAGUGACUCACAGCUGGACAAGCUACAGAAGGACGCCAAGAUGGCAGAGGAAGCCUUUAACAGUGUGGUGAGCUACUUUGGAGAAAGUGCCAAGACGGCUCCACCCUCCGUGUUCUUCCCUGUGUUUGUGCGCUUCAUCAAGGCGUACAAGGAUGCAGUGGAAGAAAAUGAACAGAGGAAAAAGCAAGAGGAAGCAAUGAGAGAAAAGUUACUGGCUCAGGAGGCGAAGCAGCAUGACCCUAAGGUUCAGGCCCAGAAGAAGAGGCACCAGCAGCAGGAGCUGAUCGCAGAGCUGCGCAGGCGGCAAGCCAAAGACCACCGGCCUGUGUACGAGGGCAAGGAUGGCACUAUUGAAGACAUUAUCACAGCUGAAAAGAAGAUUAAUGACAGUAUUUCCCACUCCUAGGAGAGGAUCUCCGAAACCAGCCUUUCCUGCGAGCGGACGCGUUGAUCCGGAGCGGUUGGAAGAGACCCUAAACCACUUAUUCGUCACUUAUAGUCCCCUCCCUAUUGUAACCCUUCCCUUUGUCCCAGUGGCGCAUCUCAACCCUGAGGCUGCAGAUCACAAAGACUGAAAAGCGAGGACAGGACAAAGCCCUUGUUUUAGCCCGGUAAUUUAUUUAUUUAUGGAUGCCCUUUUACAACCACUUUAAAUGAGCAGGCAUGAUUACAGAAGCACAACGCGCUACUACUCCUUCGUCACCGCGAGCAGAAGGCUUUCCCUGCUCUGUCGGCACUGACCUUUGGGAGGAUGACCAGAGCACAGGUGAGGCCAUCUGAGGACUGGAGGAGGAAUUGUGCUUUCACUAACAAGUGCCUGCUAGCAUGUGGAUCUUAAUGUGGACAUUCCUAAAACCCAUUAAUAUCCGAAGGUUACGCAGUCAUAGCAGGAUUUAAACUGGGAGGCAGCCAAGAUAAAUUGCCGACUCUUCUGCUGCUGCUGGGACGCCUGCCUUUAAGACACCUGCAAAAGCCUCCUGCAAAUAACAGAGGAGGUGCGAUGUUAUAACAGACAUUCGUGGACUGUUUCGCAGCGUUACGCCAAGUCUUCGAGACGCCUUCAAUCAGACUUAAUAUUGUUUAUUUUGAUUGUAUCUGGGAGCAAAGACCAUCACUGUACUGGUUCUUCUUGUCAAGCUAGACAAACCAAAUUAAUCCAAAGUUUGAUGUUCCGCUUAAGAAGUGCCUUUUUGUGUUAUUUCUCGUCAGUCAGCCAUAAUUUGUUUAUUUUACAUCUUUCAUUUGGUAAAGAUUGUAUUUUUUACCGCCUUGUAAUAUAACAUUAGCCUUAUAAUCCUGACAACAAUAUGCAAGUUGAAGGCACAAAAAAAGCUUAAAGGUAUGUUAGUUCCUUUUUACCUCUAGUACAUCAGAACAGCUGACACGAGAGUCCCCAGAGUUUUGUGCCUUGACCAAGUGGUGGUUAAAAACAGAAUAUUACGUGCCUUGACAACACUUCCUGUCACACCGUGCGUGACAGUUAGGAGGUGACAGACGCAUGAAGGAGACUCCAGGUGGACUACUGUUUCAAAGGCACACUUGCUGUUUGGUUAGCCUGCUCUAAAUGUAUUAUUAACAGAUGAAGGAUGAAGUGCAUUUAAAGCUUCUUUUUCUUAUCCGUUUUAAUACAGAUUAUUCCUCCUAACAGCUUUAGAGACUUGCAUGACAUUGGCACAAAGGGAGCAAUACAUCUUAACACUACUUAAAUUUGGCUCAAGAUUGUAUAAAACACUAUUCUUGUGUGUACUGAAAUCAAAAGAAACAUACUUUUUUUUUUAAGAAAAAGCUAUUCUUGGGAUUGUCUGUUGACUGAAAGACAACACUUCCUGUUUAAUAAAUAUGAUGAUUUAUGUAA